AUGGCUGAGUGGAGCUGGGUGGCCUACACAGUACUGGAAGUGCUGAUUGCUUUGGCCUGUUGCCUUGGCAAUGUGUUGGUUGUGUGUGCGGUGUGUAUUGGUAUCCGGGAUUCCCUCCGGGAGCCCACUUUCUGCUUCCUUGUUUCCCUGGCAGUGGCUGACUUCCUAGUGGGUGUGGCUGCUGUGCCUCUGGCUGUACUGUUGGAUGGCUGGGUGAGUGUGACCCCUGACCUGUGUCUACUUCUCAGCUGUGUCGUGCUCGUGCUGACCCAGGCCUCUGUGCUGUCACUGCUUGCUAUCGCUGUGGACCGAUACCUCCGGUUACACACACCGCUCAGAUACAAAGCUCUGGCCACACAGAGGCGUACAUGGAUGGCCUUGUCUGUGUGCUGGACACUUUCCUGUCUGCUGGGGUUCACCCCUCUGUUUGGCUGGCACAACCAGUCCUCUCUAGCAUCUGAUUCCACCAACACAUCCUCCUCCUCCUUCAUUUCUCCACCCUGCACCUUCCUCUCAGUUAUUUCCCUCCCAUUCAUGGUUUACUUUAACUUCUUGGGAUGUGUCAUGGCACCCCUGCUGGUCAUGACCCUCCUCUACACACGAAUCUUCUGGAGCCUGCAGGGCCGUCUAAAGGAGAGCUGUCCUCAAGCCCAGGCCUCUCUGCUCAGGGAGAAGAGGCUGGCCUGCUCCCUGGCUCUGGUUCUCAUUUUGUUUGCCGGCUGCUGGAUUCCUCUGCACCUGAUGAACUGCCUGCUGUUGUUUCAUGGUCCUCAAGCUGUCACACGAGGGACACUCUAUACAGGUAUUCUACUGUCUCAUGCCAACUCUGCAGUCAACCCUGUGGUCUACGCUUGUCGCAUCCCGAAGAUCCAACAGGCCUACAGUCAAAUAUGGAGGCAAUUCAUCGUGAGGCUUAACUGUUGCCAUGGAGACAAGCAAAUUUGCCAAUCAAUAGCAGGCAGCCAAGCCAAUGCCAGAGAGACGUGUGGAUAG